UGCCGGAAAGCCCGCCUCCGGUCUGCUCCUCCUCUCGAGCCCAUGGCCUGGAGGCGGCUCGCUCUUCCCUCACUCCGGCGUCUUCGAGUUUCCUUAGGCACCUGCCUCCCGGCGGCCCUGUGAGGGGCCGGGUCGCGGGGCGGCGCCGGGCCGGUCUGCUGCGGCCCGCGAUGCGGCGCCUGGGCUCGGUGCAGAGGAAGGUGCCCUGCGUGUUUGUGACGGAGGUGAAGGACGAGCCGUCGGUCAAGAGGGAGCACCAGCCGUUUAAAGUUUUGGCUACAGAAACUAUAAAUUACAAAGCAUUAGAUGCAGAUAUAUACAAUGCAAUUCCCACUGAAAAAGUAGAUGGAACAUGUUGUUAUGUCACUACCUACAAAGGUCAGCCAUACCUUUGGGCUCGAUUAGAUAGAAAACCAAACAAGCAAGCGGAGAAAAGGUUUAAAAGAUUCCUGUAUUCAAAGGAAAACUCAAAAGAGUUUAUUUGGAACGUUGAAGAGGACUUCAAAUCUGUUCCAGAGUCUUGGAUUCCAGCAAAGGAUAUAGAACAGUUGAAUGGAAACCCAGUGCCUGAUGAAAAUGGGCAUAUACCAGGUUGGGUGCCAGUGGAAAAAAAUAACAAACAGUAUUGCUGGCAUUCCUCUGUGGUCAGUUAUGAGUUUGAACUUGCUCUAGUAUUGAACCACCAUGCUGAUGACCCUGGACUUUUGGAAAUCAGUGCUGUGCCACUGUCAGAUCUUUUGGAACAAACACUGGAGCUUAUAGGAACAAACAUUAAUGGAAAUCCUUAUGGAUUAGGAAGCAAAAAGCAUCCAAUACAUCUUCUUGUACCACAUGGAGCAUUUCAAAUAAAAAACCAACCUACACUGAAGCAUAAUGACCUUUUGUCUUGGUUUGAGGGUUGCAGAGAAGGAAAAAUUGAAGGCAUAGUUUGGCACUGCAAUGACGGCUGUUUAAUCAAGGUUCAUCGUCAUCAUCUUGGUUUACGGUGGCCCAUUCCAGAUACUUACAUGAAUUCACAACCAGUUGUUAUCAAUAUGAACAGGACCAAAUUUGACCGUGCUUUUGAUUCCAAGUGUUUGUUUAAUCAUUUUUCAAAACUCGAUAAUCAAAAAUUUGACAGACUCAAAGAUAUAAAACUAGAUGUAUGAAUUUGAAGUGAAAAUGCAAUUGAGAAUCAGCUAUAUUAUCUUUAUUACUUUUGAAUAUUGGGUCUUUCUCCUGGCUGAAAAGCGAAAUAUCUCAAGAGCACAUUUGACACGAUUGAAUUACCGGCUCCCUAGUGUUUGAGUGAACUAUGACCCAUUCUUUCAUCAACCAUACACAUUUCAAAAUUAAUUAGGGACAAAUUUUUUUUAAACUUUCAGUCUUAAAGUAUAAAUCCUGAGGUUUGUGACAUAGUAGAAAUUAUCUAUUAAUAACUUAAUUGGUGCACAUGUAUAUGAAGGGUUUAUAAGUAAAAGUUGUUUUGCUUUUUUUUUUUCUUUUUUUAAACAUGAGAUCUUUGUAUCAUUUAAUUGCAAAGUUAGGCCAUAAAUGUUGGAUAUCUUACUUCAUGACCUUUUCUGUAGUAGCACAUUACUUGGGAACAAAACAGAAAAGCUAACCAGUCUCAUUUAAGCAGCACCACAGUAUUUAUUAAAAAAAAAACUUUGUUUGCCUCUCAUAACUUAUAAACCUCUCAAGGGCUCAGUUCAACAUUUAAUGUAUUACAAUUGAAGAACAUUAUGAUGGUUUUGGAAACUCAUCAUAAAAAAAAGAACUGACAACUUUUAACCCAGAAGUCCACAUCUCCGUUAAAUAAAAAAAUAUUGUUUUCCUAACAAGUUAAAUAUAAUCUCAUAUAAAUACAAACUUUAUUCACUAAAUUAUCUGUUGCUUGUAAUUAUACAAGAAAAUAAGUACUCUUUAGUUCAGAAGAUGAUUACUAUUUACAACUUCUUCUCUAAACAAGAAAAUAGUUGAUAUAAGUUGGGGUUGGAAAUAGCCCUCAGCAGAUUGGUGAGUUAUUAGUGCCAUCCCUUUCAGCUUCCAACUGUCCAGAAACACUAGCAGCACUUUCCAGUUCAACAUGAAACUGUUCACAAAGUUGUUUCAACUUCUCUUCCAAAAUAAUAUUUUUUUUAACUUCUUCUUUGUAAUUGUACUUCAGGUCUUCAAUUUCUUCAAAAAAUGAGGGAUCCAAGUUUUCCAGUUCUUUUUUUAGCUUUUUGUUUUCUGCCUGAUAGAAACAAGUUAGAUUAAAAUGUAGAGGAAUAAAAUAUAUGAAAUCUUUAGAUCUGAACUAAGUAGACUAAAUAUGAAGACUAGAACAAAUUAGCAUAAUUUAUAAAUUUCUAACUAGACAACUGGGCAGUUGUGAAGGUAUACAUUUUUCCCAUAAGCUUUUCUCAAAUGCAAGUUUCUAACAAGUAAUAAUCAUCUUUAUCCAUGAAGCUAUCAGCCUCUGCUAUAUAAAUUAUGUUCCAAAUCUUACAUUUAAGAUUUAUGUAGUAUCCUUUUAGACAUUAUAAUUAAUACAAUUUGAAAUAAAAAAUGUGGGGAUGCCCAAUACCACAUUCAAGUACUUUUACCCUAAUGUUUAAAAUUUAAAGAAUUCAUUUUAAAUUUGUGGUUAUUCUUCCUCUAGCCUAAUUUUAAUUUAAUGAACAUUAGCUUAUCCAUAUUUUAGAAUAAUAAUAGCACUUAUAAAGUGCUGUACAUAUGUUAGCAUUUAAUUAGAACCUUCUGAUCAGAGAUUAGGCAAUUGGAAGAAGCAAUAAAGAAUUCACUUUAAACGUUUUCUUUGCCCUCAGAUUAAAUCUCUCUUUAGGCACUCUUUCUGAAUGCUCUUUUGAUCCGGUUAUUAAUACAAACAAACUCAUACAUGCAAAACAUACUCAGGUAGUAUAAAGGAAGGUCAAAUAAAAUAAUGUCAACUUCAUCUCGGUGGUUUUAGAAACCUAUGAGGAAUUCAGUUUCAGGUCACUUACAGAAGAAUGAUUAAUGUAAGGGAGUAUUAAAAUAAAUUUUUUAUGACUACAUAAAAAUAUCUAGAGCUUUCCAGUUUUCUUUAAAUCUCAUUUUUAUAAAUGUUGUUCACUAUCAAAAUGAGGAUUGUGAAAGAAUAUGCCUGGCUUCCUAAUAUGAAUGUUAUGAGUAUUAAAUGUAAUUCUGAGACUUUCUACAUGAUAAGCAUUUACAAGUCCAUUAAGACUAAAUUUACAGAAUAAUUUUUGACUAACAGUUACCUUCAACUGCUGCUUUUCUGGAUCUGCAGUUAGAGAUGUCUGUGAAGGCUUUAUUGUUUCAAAAUCUGUUCAAAGAAGUUAUAAUGUUAGGUGCUGGGACACCAAUUUACAUGAUAUAUAAUGCUGGGGUGCCAAUUUACAUGAUGUAACUAUUAUUUCUCAUUCUACUUAAACUCAACAUACAGAAUUUAAUUUUACAAACUGAUACAAUGGGAAAUAGUUUUUUGACAUUUGAAGCCUUGAACUUGACUUUCUGGCCAUAUUUUAUCCUAUACAGCUAUUAAAAGUGUGACUCUUGUAUAUUAGGCUCAUUAAAUAGAAAUAAAUAUGGGAAGCCAAA